GCGUCACCGAGGUCGUGCCCGCUUCCGACCCGCUCCUGAGUGGCCUCCCCUACAGCUGACAGGCGGGUGGCGCGGGCGCUGGGAGCGCGGAAACCUGGCGCGCCGGUCAUGGCUCCCUGGGCGGGGGCCACGCUCACCACGCUGAGCCCGCUACGUGCGCUGUGGCUCACGCUAGCCGCCGCCUUCCUGUUGGCCCUGCUGCUGCAGCUGGUGCCGCCGGGCCUGCUCCCGGGUUACGAGGUUUUCCAAGACCUGAUCCGCUAUGGGAAAACCAAGCGCGAGGAGUCGCUGCGUUCGGCCGCCUUCCGGGCCUUCGGUAUCCCCAAAAGGUAUUUUUCACACUUCUACAUCAUCUCAGUGGUGUGGAACGGCUUCCUGCUUUGGUGCCUUAGUCAAUCUCUGUUCCUGGGAGUGCCUUUUCCAAGCUGGCUUCAUGGUUUGCUCAGAAUUCUUGGAACCGCACAGUUCCAAGGGGGUGAGCUGGCGCUGUCUGCGUUCUUAGUACUUGCAUUUCUGUGGAUACACAGCUUGCGAAGACUCUUCGAGUGCUUCUACAUCAGUGUCUUCUCCAAUGCCGUGAUUCAUGUUGUGCAGUACAGUUUUGGACUUGUUUACUAUGUCCUCGUUGGCUUGACCGUGCUGAGCCAAGUGCCGAUGGAUGGCAGAAACGUCUAUGUAAUAGGGAAAAAUCUACUGAUGCAAGCACGGUGGUUCCAUAUCCUUGGAAUGAUGAUGUUCAUCUGGUCCUCAGCCCAUCAGUAUAAGUGCCAUGUAAUUCUCGGCAAUCUCAGGAAAAAUAGAGCAGGAGUGGUCAUUCACUGUAACCACAGAAUUCCUUAUGGAGACUGGUUUGAAUAUGUUUCUUCCCCUAACUAUUUAGCAGAGCUGAUGAUCUACAUUUCCAUGGCUGUCACCUUUGGAUUCCACAAUUUAACUUGGUGGCUAGUGGUAACAUAUGUCUUCUUCAGCCAGGCCCUGGCCGCUUUUCUCAGCCACAAAUUUUACGAAAGCAAGUUUGUCUCCUACCCGAAGCAUAGGAAAGCUUUCCUGCCAUUUUUGUUUUAAGGUAACCCAAAUCAUGGAGAACAUAAACUAGAUGACAGGUUUAAUUCCUAAGGAAAACAAAGUCUAGAGACCAAAGUACAAUUUCUGCAGAACUGUCUGAAACUCUCUGUUCCGUUUUUAUACCCCAAAGUCGUCACAGAAUGAGCAAAGCAAUAUCCUUUGAGAAAAUGAAUCUUCAAAGUGUCUUCAAAGAAGAAAUACUUCGAGCAGACCUGGGAUUGCUGUGUUUGCUUUCUGAGAUGCUUUAUAAAACAAACCAACUGAGGAAAACUAUAGGAAAUUCUUCCAAGUUGCUUCAGAAGAAAACUAACCAAAAUAAACAGCUUCAAAUGUAACACACAUACACAAAAGAAAAGAUAGAAUAAUUUAGGGCUGUGAUGGUCUGUUAGGAAAAAAUUAACUGGACUACAUAAUAAGUAAUAUAGUAGGUGCUCAAUAACUAUUUCAUUUCAAUAAAUAAGCAGAAUAGCCUUUGAAAAUAACAAUAUAUAAUAUUACACUGAUGGUUUCAGAAAAAAGUUAUUUGUUGGAAUUACUUUAUACUCGCACAUAGUACCACAAACUUCUCCAGUAUUACGUAAAUAUCAAUAGUCAUUCCUACCUGUUUUCCUCUCCAAUCAUAGCCUAACAGAAAGUUUUGAAGCCUCUUUUAUUUAAUACUUUGACAUCCCUUUCAAGGAAGUAUCUUGUAAUGAAAGCAUCUGAAAAUAAAAUAUUUUUGUAUUAUGCAUAAAAAGCCUUCAUGAAUAGGACUGACAUAUUCUGGAUUGGUAAUGCUAUAAGGAUCAUUCAUAUGUAGUUAUUCAAAUUGGAUUAAUGUCUGCCUGAGUUUAGUUAAUAGCAUGAAUCUGACAAUAUUUAGUAAUAAAGUUUAUACUUAAAAGAGCUACAUUAAAGAAAAUACUAGGCAUUUCCCAUGAUUAAGUCAAAGGGCAAUAAAUGCACAGUGUGAAAGAAGAAAAACAAAAACUUGAAAAAAAAUUCUAUAGCCUGAGCAGUACAGCAAAUCUGAACAUUUGAGCAACAUAAGAUUUUCCGGCUUAUUGGCUAAGAUAUUAAUUUUAUUCAUUUUAUGCAGAUUUUGUAUUAUAAUCUACUAAACAUUGGAAGUUUUGUACUAAUAUGUACCAUAGUAUGGGGGAAGGAACCUUGUUAUUAACCAGAUACAUAUCAAAUGCACAGUGUAAGAAUCCCCCCACCACCACACACACAUACCCAUCCAUGGAAUAAAAAAGACUGUUAAACUGAGAUUCUUUUUAACCCAACUUUAAAUAUAUGCAUAUCAAAGCACAUUCUAAAGUUAUCUUAUUACAAUAAUAUUUCUGAUGUAGCAUUUUCUUUGCCAUCAGUCAAACACCACUUAACUAAGAUUAAUCUAUUGCUCAGUCUGUUCAAAUAAAUGACAUAUUUCACUCAUAUAAAAUUUGCCAUCCUCAGGACUGGGACUCAGGAACAAAACUCGUUCUACAUUGGAAAUGUGAAGCAUGUCGUAGUUUGGUCCUAAUUUCUACACAAAUAUAAUAAUUUUUAAUAGCAAAUUAUUUGGGAAAAAUUAUAUUUUACUUUAGUGUGCAGUUUUAUACUUAGGUUAGACUAGGGAUUUGGCUGAUAGCCUCUGAUUUCAUUAUACUUUUAAAUAAAUUAAUAGAGCAUCCUGUAUGAAGAGCCAUAUCAGGGGCUGUGAGAAAGCUUUCCAGUUUCCCAAUCCCAGUUCCUGCUGCCUUCACUGUCACUCACCCUUGCUUCCCUUUCUCUUACUUCCUUUUCCUACCUUUCCCAAACAUUGCAUUGCUAGCUGAAGGUAAAAGGGAGUAGUGAGGUCAUCCAAGGGGUUGAGAACAAAAGAACAUGCAUGGCCUUGGUGAAAGCCUAACCGAUGGAGAAUAAUUGAGAAAGAGCUGUGCUUGGAAAAUCAGAAUCAUCUUUGUUUUUUAUUAGUGAAAAUAUACCAUAUCCCUAAAGGGAGAGCACCAUAGAGAGUCUAUAAAUUCUUCUCACAAGCCAGAAAUAGCUUGUGGGUAGAGAUUCGUGAUUCUUCUGUCUGUUGGUUGAAUAACCUUACCCUUCAUUUUCUGUUACUGUAAAGCUGGGGAACUGAUACCGAACUACCUCAUAACAGCAUUCCCUGGAUUAAUUACUGGCUGCGUAAGUGUGCUGAAAAUAGACUACUUUUGUUAAGUUUUAGGCUCAUCCUAUAUACUAACAGUUGCUUAUGGUGAGCUUGGAUUAUUUUGGCUUUACAUUUUGUAUUACGUUUUAAAUUUGAUGAGUGAUUAUUGCUAGAAUUCCCAUCAAAAAAAAAAUGCCUUUGCAAAUAUGUUUGUAUGUAAUUUCAUACUCAGUUUAAAGAUGACUGGAAAUGUGCAAAACUAAAAGUAAGUGAAAACUCAAGAAUCACUGAUAAGUAAUGUAGCUCAAAGUGAACUGAUACAUUAAAGAAGACCUUAAA